AUGGUCAUAGUCAUUCCACUUGCAGAUUCAUCUGGAGAGAUGAAGACGGGUUCCAGAGAAGCAAGCCCUCACUGGAGUGUAUUUGACGGAGUGAAGAGUAUCCGAGCAACGCCUGAUGCUCUGAUGGCUGAGAUUAAUUCUGCGAUUUCUGGUUUUGAGUAUACCCGAGCUACUGCUCUCCUACAGUCCCCAUCUUCUUCCCUCUCAAAGAAUAAGACAGCUGAUGCAAAUUCAACAUCUCAAUAUGAUGUUCAAAUGGCUGAUGAAGCUUAUAAGGCGGGUUUGGCAUCCUUGGCUGGAGGAAAGCUUGACGAGGCUAUUCACUCUUUGAACAUUGCUCUCUCCAAGUGCCCACCUGAGAAAACUUCUGCUGUUGCCAAGCUUCAAUCUCUCAUUUCUCUCACGUCUCAGCAACUCCAAAACCACCAAAGCACGAAAGCCAGGAUCUUUCAGAAAUCUUCAACUUGA